AUCCGUCUCCGAAAUCUAAACCGAAAUCUGGCCCUUUUCCCUUUCCCUUCCGUCCGUCCGUCCGUCGCCAGCCUAGCUUAUGCAAAUAUCCUCCGCUAAUCUGUGAUUAAGGCAAGAAAUUGAUUAGAACAAUGACACAGAUUUCUUUGAUAGAGCGAGAAGGAAAGAAAGUAAUAAGCAAGUGAGUGGUCUAGUUAGCGUCCGCGCUUCUUCUCCUCCUCUUCCUAUCUAUAUAUAGUGAAAGCCAUAUCGCCUCCCAAGUCUCACAACCCAAAUCUCAGACAUCACAGAACUCUUCUUCUUCCCGCUAGCUCGCUCGCCCGCCCUUUCUCCCACACCCCACUUUCCAGUCUCUAUCACAGUCACUAUGGGGAGCAACGAUGGAACCGGCUAUGGGGCAUACACAUAUGAGGCUCUUGAGAGGGAGCCUUACUGGCCAUCUGAGAAGCUGAAAAUCUCCAUCACUGGAGCUGGUGGUUUCAUUGCCUCUCACAUAGCAAGGCGUUUGAAGAGUGAAGGUCACUACAUUAUUGCCUCCGACUGGAAGAAGAAUGAGCACAUGACUGAAGACAUGUUCUGUCAUGAAUUCCAUCUUGUGGAUCUCAGGGUUAUGGAUAAUUGCUUGAAGGUGACAAAUGGUGUUGACCAUGUCUUCAACUUGGCUGCUGAUAUGGGCGGGAUGGGAUUCAUUCAGUCCAAUCAUUCUGUUAUCAUGUACAACAAUACCAUGAUCAGCUUCAACAUGCUUGAAGCCUCUAGGAUCAAUGGUGUUAAGAGGUUCUUUUACGCCUCUAGUGCUUGUAUUUAUCCUGAGUUUAAGCAGCUGGAGACAAAUGUGAGCUUGAAGGAAUCUGAUGCCUGGCCUGCAGAGCCUCAAGAUGCUUAUGGCUUGGAGAAGCUCGCAACAGAGGAGCUGUGCAAGCACUACACUAAGGACUUUGGGAUUGAAUGUCGGGUUGGAAGAUUCCACAACAUCUAUGGUCCUUUCGGAACAUGGAAAGGUGGCAGGGAAAAGGCACCAGCUGCCUUCUGCAGAAAGGCGCUUACAGCUACUGAUAAGUUCGAGAUGUGGGGAGAUGGUCUCCAAACACGAUCCUUCACCUUCAUUGAUGAAUGUGUGGAGGGUGUGCUCAGGUUGACCAAGUCUGACUUCCGGGAGCCAGUGAACAUUGGGAGUGAUGAGAUGGUGAGCAUGAAUGAGAUGGCCGAGAUUGUUCUUGGUUUUGGGGACAGGAAGCUCCCUAUCCAUCACAUCCCAGGUCCAGAAGGUGUUCGUGGUCGUAAUUCUGACAACACAUUGAUCAAGGAAAAGCUUGGCUGGGCUCCAACAAUGAGGCUGAAGGAUGGCCUGAGAUUCACCUACUCGUGGAUCAAGGAACAGAUUGAGAAAGAGAAGGCUCAGGGUAUCGACUUGGCCGUCUAUGGAUCAUCCAAAGUGGUUGGAACUCAAGCUCCGGUUCAGUUGGGCUCUCUCCGUGCUGCUGAUGGCAAGGAAUGAAGCCAGAGUUCUAAAAGCUUGAGUUGAAGUUGCUCUUUUGGAAGGAUUUGGCUUAUAGAUCUUGUGGUAGAAAAGUUGGGAUAGACUUGUGGAAUGGUAGGAUGUGGAGAGGUUGCUUUGGAAUAACUGGCAAAUUAGAUUGAAUUAUUAUGUUGUGUCCAUUUUAAUUUUCAGUCAUGUUGGUAUGUGUUGAGGGGCAGGGGUGGUUUUGCUGCUUACUGUAUCAUCCAUCAUCCUGUGUAGGCUUUCCAUACCAGAUAUAUGCAGUGGUAAUGUAUUAGAGUGGCCACCGUUUAGCAUUUUGAUUAUCUGAUAAACUUAUAAUAAUCUUGAUAUCCUUGUUUUCUUUGAAUGAAAUUUUUUGGGCCUUGUGUUUUCUUCUUUCAAGAUUGGCUGCUG